GUGAGAAAAACUAGUGUCCAGGUCAGCGCAGUCCCAAAGCUGACUGUGUCUCUUUAAAUCUACCAUCAUCCACUGAUUUUAUAUGCCUCAGUGGUAUCAAAUUUCACAUCACAUCACACAAAAAAUCAUCACCUUUACUGUAUAUUUUAAUAAUAUAUAGCAAAAAAACUUGUGAUACUGUGGGAGUUAAAUGUGGGUGUUCAAAGAUGCUUAUUAUCAUUCUUGAUAUAUUUUGUUCCAUUUCUUAUUUCUGCUACUAGGGGAAGGGGGAUUUGAUUGCCUGGCUAUAUUUUAAAAUUAUAUUUUUAAGCCUACUGUAUGACCCGGACCAAUAUAAGGUAAAACAUUUGAAGACCCUAAUUUUUUUCGCCUGGAGGAUGGGCACUUGAUCAACCGUAAAUUAAACAAGAGAAAUUCCCGGGGUGGGUGGAUUUCGUAUUUCGCAAUUCAUGUGAUCGCCACAUCAAAUGAUACAGCGAUCAGAAAAUUGGGAGGGAAAUGAAAUGACUGAAGAGGCCGGCAGUCUUCUUCUCUGGGGAAAACACCAGCAGGUGGCCAACUUGGCAUUAAGGCAUGGAGCCUUAUCAUCCUCACAGUCCAGAAUGCAUCACUCAUUCUAACAAUGCGAUACACACGGACACUGCCAGGAGACAUGUACUUUGCCAGUACAGCAGUGAUGAUCACAGAGAUUGUUAAGGUUUUUUCGUCAAUGGUUGUUUUACUGGGCGAGAAACAAAGUGUAGCUGAGUGGCUCAAGUUCUUAUACUCUAUCACAAUUGGUCACCCUCUAGAUAUGGUCAAGAUGCUUGUACCUGCUUGCAUUUACACUGUUCAAAAUAACCUGCUGUAUGUAGCCGUUUCCAAUUUGGAUGCUGCAACGUAUCAGGUGUCUUAUCAGCUGAAGAUUCUGAUGACAGCUCUGUUCUCAGUUGCCAUGUUGAAGAAGUCCAUCGGCAAGGUUCAGUGGCUGUCUCUGUUCAUGUUGUUUGUUGGUGUGUCUGUGGUUCAGUUGCAGCCUGUUGAUGGUCCUGUGGCACAGAGUCCUGAAGAGACUCUCCCGACACAGAACCCUUUGUCCCAAACACAGAAUCGAUUGUUGGGUCUUUGCGCUGUUGUGGCUUCAAGUAUGUGCUCUGGAUUUGCAGGUGUUUACUUUGAAAAGACCCUCAAAGGCACUCAUACUCCUCUCUGGGCAAGGAACUUCCAGCUCGCCACAUUUGGCGUCAUCAUUGGCACAGUUGGCAUGUACAUAAACGACGGAGACAAGAUUAAAGAAAAAGGCAUUCUAUUUGGAUACCACAAACUUGUCUGGGCAAUUAUUGCAAUGCAGGCUUUUGGUGGGCUCCUGGUGGGUGUGGUCGUUAAGUACGCUGAUAAUAUCCUCAAGGGAUUUGCGGCAGCAGUUGCUAUUGUGAUUUCUUGUGUAAUGUCUGUUUAUUUAUUCAGCUUCAAACUUAGUGUGCCGUUUGUCUCUGGGGCUGGUUUGGUGAUGCUGGCAACAUAUUUGUAUGGGAUGGCUAAAACACCAGUUUAUGGUGAUCAACAAAGUGUUGUGAAUGGUAUUAGCAAAAGAAAGCCAGAGUGAUGAGACAAAUGUGGAAAAUUAUGUAUCAUUGUAGGAAACCACUUUAAUAUAUUCACAUGCAACAAUCAGAUGUUAUAUGACCAAAUCUUCCUUAAUUAAAAAGGGAUGUUUUUAUUUUGAAACAUGCAUAGUUGUCAGAGAUUUAUUUCAAUACUAGCCAAGCCAAGGCCAACUUCAUGUGUGAACUUGCAUACUUUGGAAAUUUGAGAUUAGAAGGAUUUGUAUGGAUGGGUGCUAAAUUGGGAUAACACAAGGAAAGAUGACCAUGAUAACCGGGGGUACUCUACAAAGUUUUGUAUCGCGGGGUCUCUGCCCCGAGGUCCAUCCCCUUACCUUUCUGAAUACCACUUUGACAAACAAGGUACCCCUUUCAUUUGCCUUUUAUUGAACAAAGGAACCUCUUUCACAUAUUCACUUAAGAACCCUGCAUUUCUUUUCUAAACCCUUGGAAUGAACCCUUAGAAGAGAUGUUGACCAAAAAAACAAGUAUCAUUUAUUCAGUUCCUGUUCACGAUAAACCUAUGAGGGAUAUAUUUGUUUACAAACAUUGUUUUUGUUAUUUAAGUGUUCAAAGCGUUAAACAAAUGAAUUCUUUGUUUCACUAGCCAAUAGGUCUCUGGUUGGCAUAUUAAUAACAAUAGGUGACGUCACUGAUAUCUUUUGCCAUAUGACAGAUUUCUCUACCCUAAAAUAUACACCUCAACUUGUGAAAUCCCUACCCUUUU